UAUAGCCUCCACCAAUAACGGACCAGCAUUCGGUUGCCAUAGAGACGGAGGAGGUCGCGGGGGUUACAGGCGGGACGGGGACUACGACACGAGCCAAGGAUUCACGUAUGGAGGGAGCCAGCGUGGCUUUGUCCCAGGAUAUCGUGACAUGCACAACCACGGUGGCUGCCGGGGGCCGGGGACCAGGAAACUAUAUGGCCCGCCUGUCCGCACUAACUACCGCCUGAUCGUGAAGAACUUGACCAGUCGCUGUAGCUGGCAGGACUUGAAGGAUUACAUGAGGGAAGCUGGAGAAGUCACCUAUGCUGAUGUGCACAAGCAGAACAGGAAUGAGGGGAUUGUGGAACUCGCCACCUACCCAGACAUGGAGAAUGCCUGGCGUAAGCUUGACGGGACUGAAAUCUAUGGUUGUAAGAUGUAACUGGUGGAGUCUAGGCCUGCAUGAAGCACUACCGAUGUGGUGAAUUAUCAAAGAAAAGGACUGAUGAAUAUGGACUUGAGAAUUGUUACCGCAUGGAAAAAUACGGACACUAGAGUAGCCUUGCCUGUUAAAAAAAGAAAAGGGUAGUUCUGAGUUAUUAGACGUUUAACUUUGUUAUUAGAUAUUCUAGGUCGCCGACGUUUCGAACGGACACUUGGACUUUAGUUUGAUGGCAGUAGUUUGGUAAUAGUAGUAAUCUGUUAUGUCAAUAUCUGUACAAUGCAUGCCUACAGGACUCACACUGCAAAAGGAUGUUUCUUGGAGUAGUGAUGAUUGUAACGAGUGUAUCAAUCAAAGAAACAGGGGCAAAUGUGACAGAGUCACUGUAAUAGUUUUAGGCAUGCCCAGGGUUAACUGCGCAUGAGCAGAGAGGAGGGGUUCAGGAGACGGAGAGUUUGGCAGUGUGAAGCCCUGAGUGUACACAAAGGCAGGUCACAGAGAUUUUGAUUUUGGCUUCACCUUUUCUGUUGACCAAAUUAUACCUAUUGUAUCAA